GCUCCAGUUAUCCUGAAACUCAACAUCACUGAUAUCAAUUUCAGGCUUGUGUUCCACCUAAUAUCGACUGUUUUAGGGAUGCAAGUACUAGAUAAGGCAAACAGGAAACGACAUCGUUUUCUGUUUUGACAUUUAAAUAAACUGUUUUUUUCAUUUCAAAACCACAUAAUGUUACGAGGUUGAUUUAAUAACUUUUAGUGCGUAUGAAAUAAAGAAAGAUUCAUACAAAGAAUUUUGUGAAGAGUUUUUAAUUUCUGACGUUUUCCACAGCUGAGGUCAGGUACUGUUAGUGGGCCAAGGUAUUACACUUCUCACUUACGCAAAGAAACCUUGACCAUUGACGAUUGAGGAUUGACGAUCAGUGGGGGAUGAGAGAUCGAGGGAGAGGCUAGAAGGGUUUGGGGCUUUGAUAAGGUGACGCUUAUCUGGGUUGCGUUUCACCUGUAAACACAUUUAUUAGUACAAGCCCUUCUAAGACCUCUCUUUACAUACUGAAAGCAAGGGAAUAGUAAGUUUAGUACAAGUUCCAGUUCAAGGGAUUUGCAUAUAACAGUGUUCAAAAUCAAGUCUCUGCUACAGUAUAAUGCUCACCACCCAUUCCUAAACCUCUGCGUACAACCAGGGCUGAAUUACAUACUCAAGGAACUGAAACACUGAAUGCCAAACCUCAACCUAUUUUUCCAUCCCAUGAACUUCCCUUUUCCAGAACAACAGCCUGGCAAAAAUCAGCCACAUACUUUCCCAUCGUUGGAAGCACUUGAUCAACACAACACUGAUCCGAGAAUUAUACAUGCAAGAGCUCUAAAAUCCUCCCACACAGACUCUUCCAUCUUCAACAACCUCAUCACUCUCUACUCUAAGUCAAAGGCGAAUCUCCUCUCUUACUCCCUCCGUCUCUUUCACCAAAUCCCAUCACCCAACAUUGUGUCAUGGACGGCCCUCAUCUCUUCCCACUCCAAAUCUCCCCUUUCUCUCCAUUUAUUCCUCUCCAUGCUCCGCUAUCCUAUUCUCCCCAACCAACGCACAUUAGCUUCCCUUUUCAAAACCUGUGCUUCUCUCUCACAUGCUUUCUCCUUUGGCCUCUCUCUCCACUCUCUUUCUCUGAAACUCUGCCUCCAAAACAAGCCCUUCUGCGGCUCCGCUCUCCUUAAUUUCUACUCCCGCUUUCGUUCCCCCGACAGUGCCAGAAAGGUGUUUGACGAAAUUCAAAAUAGAGACGAGGUCUGUUACGCGGCAAUGAUUGUAUGUUUUGCGCGGAAUUCUCGUUGUCUGGAUUCUUUAGCGGUGUUUGCCGAUAUGAGGCAUUGUUAUGUGGGGUCCACGAUGUACAGCGUUUCUGGAGCUUUGCGAGCGGCGGCUGAGCUGGCGGCUUUGGAGCAGUGCAGGGUGGUUCAUGCCCAUGCCGUUGUUGUGGGUUUAGACAAGAAUGUGAUUGUGGGCACGGCUUUGAUUGAUGGAUACGGAAAAGCUGGGCUUGUGUUUGAUGCAAGAAGGGUUUUUAAUGAAAAUUUGAGUGAAUUGAGUAUUGUUGCCUGGAAUGCUAUGAUGGCUGGCUAUGCACAACAAGGAGAUAAAAAUUCAGUACUCCAACUUUUUCAUUUACUGAAAACUAGGGGUUUUGUCCCGGAUGAAUACAGUUUUUUGGCAGUUUUAACUGCUUUUUCUAAUGCAGGUUUGUAUUUUGAGAGUGGAAAAUGGAUGGAGAGAAUGAGAAUUGAGUAUGUUUUAGAACCAGGGUUAGAACACUACACGUGCUUAAUUGGUGCAGCAGGAAGAGCUGGAAGAUUGGAGGAUGCAGAGAGGAUGGCAAUCACAAUGCCAUUUGAGCCGGACGCAGCAGUGUGGAGGGCACUGUUAUCUUCUUGUGCCAUACACGGUGCAGCUGACAUGGCUUGGAAAAUCGCUCAGAAGUUAUUAGAAUUAGACCCUUAUGAUGACUCUGCUUAUGUGAUUGCAGCUAAUGUGUUGUCGAGUGCAGGACGGUGGGAUGAGGUUGCAGAAGUUAGAAAGAGGAUGAAAGACUGGAGGGUGAAGAAGGAAGGUGGUAGGAGUUGGAUUGAAUUAAAAGGGAAAGUUCAUGUGUUCUUGGCAGGUGAUAGAAGGCAUGAUAGAGUUGAAGAGAUCUACACGAAACUGAAAGAGUUGAUGGAAGAGUGUGAGAAGUUUGGAUAUGUGCCAAUUUGGGAUGAAAUGUUGCAUAAUGUUGAAGAGAAGGAGAAAAAAGAAGGGCUUUGGUAUCACAGUGAGAGACUGGCGCUGGCAUUUGGGUUGGUAAGUGGAUCACCACCAGGGAAGGCAUUAAGGAUUGUGAAGAAUUUGAGGAUUUGCAGGGACUGUCAUGAGUGUUUUAAGUAUAUUAGUAGAGUGGUGGAGAGGGAGAUCAUUGUGAGAGAUGUUAACAGAUACCAUAGAUUUUUGAAUGGGAGCUGUACUUGUGGUGAUAUUUGGUAGUUAUUCAAAAUUGAUUCUUUCGUUCUU